CAUGAUCACUUAAUAAAAAAUUAAUAUUAAUCAUCGUUAAUUAUAUUAAAAUUAGGAUUAUAGCUUGGUAUAAUCUCAAAAUUAACAAUUUGGCACUUAAAGCGACAGAGGGUCUCUCACUCUCAGGCCUUACCAAGGAGAGAGCAAACUAAACAGCACAAACAAAAAAAAAAAAAAAAGGAAGAAGUUCAAUGGAAACUAACAAUAGCAGUUCAAAUUCGAAGGCUUCAGCUUCUUCGCUGAGAUGGGAAAUCCUUCGCCGAGCUGUUCUUCAUCGGGCCAAAAAUACCGAUGAGUCUCAAUUGGGAAUGAAACGCAUUUCCAGAAAAGCCGCAAAAGGGUUCAACUUGAUACCGUGCCAGCUGCUCCACCAUGAUCACGACGCUCGAGAUGCCCGACUCUGCUACACCUUGCCGGUUCAGGGAUCUCCCAAGCUUGUUUUAACCCAGAGAGUGGAUGAUACUGCCGACCUCAGUGAUUUUGAGAUGUGUAACAGAUACAACAUUGACAAUACCGGGCUUGUCUUGCUGAUGCAGGUUAUGAUGUUGUGUCAUAUUGAAGUUCAGUGCCCUGCUGCUGAUGGUCAGUGGCCAUCUGAAGAUGUCCUUGCCUAUUUUUGCUUAUCACAUGCAUACAUGUUCAGGUCUAAAAGAGUUAUUGAGCUUGGAUCAGGUUAUGGCUUAGCUGGAUUAGCCAUUGCUGCAGCCACAGAGGCAUUAGAAGUUGUGAUUUCAGAUGGAAAUCCUCAAGUGGUUGAUUAUAUUCAACAUAAUAUUAACAUGAAUUCCGGAGCAUUUGGUGACACGAGAGUGAAGUCCAUGAACUUGCACUGGCAUCAGAAAGAAAUUUCAAAUCUCUCUCACACGUUUGAUGUCAUUGUUGCAAGUGAUUGCACCUUUUUCAAGGAAUUCCACAAAGAUCUUGCUCGAAUAACUCAGCUCUUGCUGAAAAAUGUGGGACCAUCUGAAGCUAUAUUUGUCAGCCCUAAAAGAGGUAAUUCAUUGGAUAAGUUUCUGGGGGAAAUUCAAGAUAAUGGCUUGCUUUUCAGCAUAACAGAGAGCUAUGACACUGAAAUCUUGAGGCGUCAUCAAUGCUUCAUGAAUGGUGACGAUUCCUGGCCUGGCUAUGAAAAAGAUCAUUGCUACCCUUUAUUAAUUAGAAUUACCCGAUGAACUGUUGGAGCUCAUAUUCAUCCCAUCAUCUCAAUGAAAUCCAUUAACUUUCAAAAAAAAUGUAUUCAUCCCAGGCACCGGUACCUGGGGAACGCCGGUUGACCCAUGGUGUGGGCAGGCAUGAGUAGAAUACUGGUUAUCUUUGCACGACACGGAGAUUCACAUGUACAUACACUUGCCAAAGUGAAUUUCAAUUGCUAUUUGCCAAAUGAUUCUCUUGGGAACGGAAAGUGUACUGAUAUUCUCUUUUUGAUUUAUUCUAUUCAUAGUGGCUUCCUUUUUAAAUGCAAA